CCGAGCUCCUGUGAGCAAGAAUCCAAGUGGAUUUACAUGACUCGCCACCUCCUUGAGUCCUCGAACAACAAGCGCCCACCGAGCAAUGAAUUGGAAGAACAAGAGCAAGGUGAUAGGGGUAAGAGGAAAAAGUCCCCGGAGUGUCCUGAUACCCCUGAUAUCACAGACACAGAACAUGCCCUCGAUGUGUCUGAUUGCCAGGGCGGCAAUGGAGACUAUGAUGAUCCAAAUUCCUUCAUUAACCCACUUGGCAGGGAUAUCACAAUUAACUGCCUUCUUCGAUGCUCUCGCUCUGAUUAUGGUGCCAUUGCAUCCCUGAACCGGAGCUUCCGCUCCCUGCUUCGGAGCGGCGAGCUUUAUAAGCUACGACGGCAGAUGGGAAUCACCGAGCACUGGGUCUAUUUCUCCUGCAAUGUCCUUGAAUGGGAGGCAUACGAUCCCUACCGGGGGCGCUGGAUUACCAUUCCAAAGAUGCCCCCUAAUGACUGUUUCAUGUGCUCGGAUAAGGAGUCCCUUGCCGUAGGCACUGAGCUCCUUGUUUUUGGAAAGGAGGUAACUUCCCACAUUGUACUGAGAUAUAGCAUGCUGACUAACUCUUGGUCCCCUGGAAUAGUAAUGAAUUCACCGAGGUGCCUGUUUGGAUCUGCUAGCCUUGGAGAGAAGGCUAUUAUAGCUGGUGGCACCGAUGCUCGGGGUACAAUACUUAGCUCAGCAGAGCUUUACAAUUCUGAGACGCAGACUUGGGAGACUUUGCCUGGUAUGAAUCGGGCAAGAAAGUUAUGUUCAGGGGUCUUCAUGGAUGGAAAGUUUUACGUAAUUGGUGGAAUGGCUAGCAAUACAGAGGUACUGACAUGCGGAGAAGAAUAUGACCUGAAUACAGGUUCUUGGAGGGUGAUUCCAAAUAUGUCUGCUGGGCUAAAUGGUGCAAGUGGUGCACCUCCACUUGUAGCUGUGGUGAACAAUGAGCUUUAUGCAGCCGAUUAUGCUGAGAAGGAAGUAAGAAAGUAUGACAAGGAGAACAACGCUUGGAUCACUCUAGGUAAAUUGCCUGAGAGGUCUGUUUCGAUGAACGGUUGGGGCCUUGCCUUCAGGGCAUGUGGCGAGCGGCUAAUUGUGAUUGGUGGGCCAAGGGGAUCCAUGGGAGGGACAAUUGAGCUCAAUUCAUGGAUCCCAAAUGAGGGGCUGCCGGAGUGGAAUAUUAUUGCCAGCAAGCAGUCAGGGAGUUUUGUCUUUAACUGCGCUGUGAUGGGCUGCUGAUCUGUCUGAUCUAUGACAACCAUACUGUACCUCUCAACAUGAAGGAUUCAAAAGGUUGGCUUUAUCCAAGGGCAUAAAUCACUGAUUCUGCCUAAUGGGUAAUUUCUAUCUUUUCUGGAAUUCCAACUGGACUGAAGAUUCAUUAGACAUCUCCUGUCAAUGUAACUCUUGAAUUUUAUGCCUUUUUUGUUUCUACAGUCUCAUUUAUUCUGCAUUUGGAAGCCUGCUUGUGAUUUCGAAGUUAUGGGACAUGCAUGAGAAUGGUAGAUUAAUAAUUUGACGAGGCUACAUUUUUUCAGAUUUUCCUGAAUAUUUGAUGGGGGCUUUUAGCUCCACAGAGUAUCCUUAUAUGGUUCUUAUCUUUUCCUACCCUUGUGUUGACAUUGAAAAAAAGAAAAAGGUGCCUCCAUUUUGAUUA